UGUUGUUCGUCUCGGUGGUCGUCGUCAUUUUCAAAACAUUGUUCACUAGGGGAAAUCCAAAUUCGUCGCAGGAAGGAAAAAAUCCCAUCGAGUGCGUGCAUUACUGCGGAAUUAAAUGCGAGAUAAUCCGAAAAAAGUGUUUGCCGUUUGUGUUUUGUCCGCUGGCGUCCCAGUUUGAUCCGGUUUCGUUCCGCAACAGGCACUGUUCGGGAGUUUUGCAUCGGGCUGUCGAAGUCGGGGACAGCGAGGAAAAAUCAGCAACAAUCAUCAUGUCCGAAGAAUACGAUUAUCUCUUCAAAUUUCUCAUCAUCGGUCGGGCUGGUAGUGGAAAGUCGUGCCUGCUGCAUCACUUUAUCGAAAACAAAUUCAAAGAGGACAGUUCGCACACGAUCGGUGUCGAGUUCGGAUCUCGCAUAGUCAACGUCGGUGGCAAGUCCAUCAAGCUGCAAAUCUGGGACACGGCCGGCCAGGAGCGGUUCCGCUCGGUCACCCGAUCCUACUACAGAGGAGCGGCCGGUGCCCUACUGGUGUACGACACAACCUCCCGGGACAGCUUCAACGUCCUCUCGAACUGGCUGAACGAUGCCCGGACGCUUGCCUCGCAGAACAUUUGCAUCCUUCUGGUGGGAAACAAGAAAGACAUGGAAGAGGAACGGGAAGUAACCUUCCUGGAGGCGAGCACCUUUGCCCAGGAGAAUGAGCUGAUCUUUUUGGAAACGAGCGCCAAAACCGGGGAGAACGUCGAGGAGGCGUUCCUCAAGUGUUCGAAAACGAUCCUGGCCAAGAUUGAAACCGGCGAGCUGGACCCGGAGCGGAUUGGCAGCGGUAUUCAGUUUGGUGACACUUCAAAGCGAAGUGGAACGGGACUGGCCGGAAAUCGACAGCAGACUAGUGGCCGACGCCGGACGCCGGAUUGCGCUGGGGGAUGCCGCACCUAAGUAGUAAGUCCCAGCAGCGCUGAUAAAUAGCUUUUUCCCCCGAUUAUAUCUUUCGCCUGUCGCAGAGACAUUUUUAUGGUAUUAACCAUAAGCCGUGUAGAAAAUUGAUAGAUCCUAGUAAGGCCCUUUUUAACGCAAUCGAAGCAAACUUAGUGGUGAUUGGGAUUAUAAAUUUUACACCAACCACCUGUUUUACGUUUUGGAUUCACAUGGACUGGGCAACCAUUUGUACGAGAUUCCCGAAAUUGACGAUUAUGCAUUAUUUUCUUUUUCUACAUAUAUUUGCCGAAAUCAAACAUUUACCAAUAAUUUGUAUUUAUUUACACGGAAAUUUAUAUUUAUAAGAACCAUCCAAAAUCUCAGUUUGUGAUCUUUGAUUUUUUUACAAUUAAAUUUAAAAUAUCUAUGCAUACUUUAUAAAAUCAAAACUAGUAUAUUUUAUCUAAACUAUUCCCCCUCAGUUUCAUUCCCAGCAGCAAUUUCUACCCAGCAGCUUACGCCAUUAGACCACGUACAGUGAAAAUAAAUGGCAAAAAAAACACAAGUAGCAUUAGCACUGAUUUGUUGAACGUUUGGUGUACAUUGCAAGAAAAUUAUUGAAAAAAAAACACAGGGCAAACUCACACCAUUGUAAUUACACAACUUCCUACAGAAGUAUGGUGAUUUGAUUGGUGAUGAAUUUGUUCCAUAUACAAGUGCUGUAAAAUAAAGAAGCGAACUUAUCAACCAAAAUCCGGAUCGGAUCGUUCGGAAUGAACCACGCGAUGAUGGUUGAUCAAUACUAAAUCAUAGUGAUAAAGAUGAGAAGAAAGAAAAAAAUAAAUAAAAGAAAACAAAUUACUUAUGUAUCGAUAUAAAUAGUGAUUGUCUUGUAGACUAAAAGUGAAA